GUUGGCCAAACAUCAAUGAAAUUCCAAUAGGGCAAUCGUUAUUUGAUGGCAAAACCGACCGUUACAAUUCAUCAAACAACAAAUGGAUAUUACUUCAUCGAGAACAAUAUUAAAUACUUGAACGUAAAACAUGAACGUACCACAAUGGCCGACAGCGUCAGGCCCAGGAUCGAGCCCAGACAUUGACACUGACACGGGCACAGCCAGUGUGGUGGAGGCCAGUCCAUUUGGGCUCCAUGCCCACCCAUGCCCUCCCAUGCUUCGGCCGAAACGAGCUCAAAGUGUGUCCACAUGGAAGCGAACGACUGCUGCGAGCCUGAAACAAAAUUGCCAGUUGGUGGACAUUGCUUGCCAGGCGAGAGAGAGAGCAGGCCAUUGGAUGUUGAAUGUUGGAUAUGGAUGUCGUUUUGGUCUGACUGGCGGCGGUGCCGGCAGUGGCAUUCCAUGUUUUCGGCGACUAAACAACUGGCGCUCAAAUCAACAAAAACCGAUUUUCAGAAACAGGAAGCAACAGCAGCUACAUGGCCGUUGACAGGCAUGCAGCCCCCUUCCUCACCCCCCCUUUCGUCAGCAGCCCGCCACUGCCGACUUCCUGCAUCCAAAAU